GGGAAGAAGUUUAAUUUUGGGAAGAUUCUCUUCAGCAACACCACUAUUUUCCUGAGAUUUGAAGGAGAUGAAAAAUCUUGUGAUCCCUCCCAAAGUUACAAUGUUACUUGGUACUUAAGAUAUUCUGACUGCUACAAUGAAGUCUUCAACUUUGGGGAUGAACAGGCAGAGUACUACUUUGGGACUACGUUUGAAGAGCAUCCGGGUUGGUCAGGAUACUAUGCCACAGCUUCGCUUCUCUUUCCAAAUUGCUCUGAGCUCUUCAGGCCUCAGAUUUUCUAUAAAGAAUUUGUUCAUCCAGAGCCUCUCUCGCCUGAGAAGCAAGAGGGCUUAAAAGAUAAGAAGGACAGUGGAGGAAAUCACACAAUGGUGGCAGAUAAAACUGCAAUGAAUGCUGUUAUCAAAACUUGGCGAGAUGGGCCAUAUAUAUUUAUUGUGCAAAUUGGAAUUACAACUGUGAAGGAUUCUACUACCAAAGUUAAAAGAAUGGAGAAAACAACACCUUCCUCGUAUCAAAAUAAGCCCUUUACAAUGACAGUAGAACUGAAGGGGCCAUAUGAGUAUCUCUCACUUGCAGACUAUCCUCUGAUGAUUUUUUUCAUGGUGAUGUGUAUUGUGUACGUGUUCUUCGGGGUUCUAUGGCUUGCAUGGUCAGCCUGUUACUGGCGGGAUCUCCUGAGGAUCCAGUUCUGGAUUGGUGCUGUUAUCUUCCUCGGAAUGCUCGAGAAAGCAGUUUUCUAUGCAGAGUUCCAGAAUAUCCGCUACACAGGGGAAUCUGUUCAAGGAGCAGUAAUACUGGCAGAACUGCUUUCUGCUGUGAAGCGUUCAUUGGCUCGAACUCUGGUCAUCAUAGUCAGCCUAGGAUAUGGGAUAGUCAAGCCUCGCCUUGGAGUUACCCUUCACAAAGUAGUUAUGGCUGGAGCCCUUUAUCUAUUAUUUUCUGGCAUGGAAGGUGUUCUCCGAGUCACAGGGGCCCAGAAUGAUCUUGCCUCCUUGGCUUUUAUUCCCCUGGCUUUCCUAGACACUGCCCUGUGCUGGUGGAUAUUCAUCAGCUUAACUCAAACAAUGAAACUGCUGAAACUUCGAAGGAAUGUUGUGAAACUUUCUUUGUAUCGGCACUUCACCAACACGCUCAUCUUGGCAGUAGCAGCAUCUAUUGUAUUUAUCAUCUGGACCACCAUGAAGUUCAGGCUGGUGGACUGUCAGUCGGAUUGGCAGGAGCUAUGGGUGGAUGAUGCCAUCUGGCGUUUAUUAUUUUCAAUGAUCCUUUUUGUCAUCAUGAUUCUGUGGAGACCAUCUGCUAAUAACCAAAGGUUUGCUUUCUCACCACUGUCUGAAGAGGAGGAUGAUGAUGAGCAGAAAGAGCCAAUGUUAAAGGAAAGCUUUGAGGGAAUGAAAAUGAGAAGUACAAAGCAAGAACCAAAUGGGAAUGUAAAGGCAAACAAAGCUCAGGAGGAUGACCUGAAGUGGGUAGAGGAGAACGUUCCUUCAUCGGUGACAGAUGUUGCUCUUCCAGCUCUUCUGGAUUCAGAUGAGGAAAGAAUGAUUACACACUUUGAAAGGUCCAAAAUGGAAUGAAGGAGAAGGUUUUGCUAUGGAAGUGGAGACACCUCUUUUAAAGUUGCUUGGUGGAGCAAGUGCAUCCUGCUGAUUUGUUUCUUGAUCUCAGCUGUGGAAGUUUGAUGCUUUAUUGUCAUGAGGAUGCCUUGCUGCAGAAGUUCACAAAGGACAUUAUAAACCUUUUGGAAAUUUGAAUUUACAAAGUUGCUGCAAGUUUGGAUUUUUAAGCAAUUGAAAUGUGUACUAUUCCAGCACCUUCUGUAACUUUUCAAAUAUUUAAUCUGUGAAACUAAAAUUCCUAAUGUCUGCUUGAGGA